AAAUACAUUCCAGCGACCGCCGAUCGGAGCGAGAAAUACAAAUGCAACAAUGCGUUUCAGUGUGUGUGCGUGUAUGUGUACGUGAGGCAUUCAGAAAUUAUUCAUUCCUCGAAUAAAUAAACGAAACGCAACCAAACGAUCGUCGGAAAGUGAUAGAUACACGCGUAUUAUGUGAAAAGCCGCCCCGCGAAAAUGUGUCAACAGGAACUGCUCGUAGAGUGGAGGAAGCCCUAGCAUAAAUAGAUCUUCCGAAAAUAUCCUCCAGAUACCGAAUAACAGACUUGUUUCUCUUUGGGCAGUGCCGUUCCGUUUCGCUUUGUUUUCUUUUUUUUAUUGUUGUAUAAUUUGUUGUUGUUGUUUGUUAAAUACGAAAAGCGCAUAAAUCGGAUUCGGAAUUUUGAUUCGACGCCAACAAGCGAAAGACGUCCCUGCCAUGGAACAGGCGCGACCUGUGCCGGCUCCGCGGCGUCUCUGCGCCUCCGAGCUGCGUCCCGCCAACUAUGAGAACAUCGAGAUCAAGCCCAACAACAUUAACAACAACAACAACAUUAACAACAACAACAACAACAAUGCUAACAUCAGCCUAAAGAGACUGAACAUCAACGCGGAGAACCUGCACGGCCACUGUGCGGAGAAGAAGCUGCCGGCCAGUGGCCAGAACAAGCUGCAGGUGCUGCAGGAGAACAAUGCCGAACAGCCGCAGCCCAUCUACGGUCCGGAUGCCAACGAGAAUGUGCCCGCGGAGCCCAUCUAUGCCGCGCCCCGACCAGCGCCCAGACAGCGACCACCGCCGGCGGAGUCGCCGCAGCACGGAGUGGAGCUAGACGUGGACGCGGUGCCUUUGAGAGCGGUGCGCACAGCUCCGCAGGUGCCGCCCAAGCCGCCCGGCCUGGAGCAGCGUUCGUCCGUCUGCAGCUUGGCCUCUACGGCAGGUCAGACGGCGGGGGAUGCGUCUCUCUACGGCUCGAACGCCUCGCUGGACUGCAGCUCGCAGGGGUCGCAGAGCGGCAGGUUCAAGUCGCAGUCACCCGGGUACGUAGACGACGUCGCUGGCGUUGAUCAGCGGGGGCAGUCAUUGCCGUCGGAAGUUUCCUCCGCACCGGGAACACCUUCGCCUCCGCCUCCGCCACUGCCAACGUCACCGCCACCACCUUCGACAUCUUCAUCGACGUCGCUCGAUCAGUCCUCCAGCUGUGACCAAGAACAAGAUCACGAAGAUGACAAAAAUCUACUACGAUCCUUGGGCACCACCUCGAAGCUGCUGGGCGAGGCCAUUGGCGAACGGAUCACAUUCAAGGCCAAGGGGGCCAAGAAGCGUCUGGACAGGAACCUAAAGAGCUCCACGGAGGCGAUCAGCAAUCUCAGCGCCGACGCCGGCAGCCGCCUGAUGAAUGCCAGCCGACGAUUUGGCUCGAACUUCACCCUGACGGGCAGAGGAGGCCGCGAGGACAGAGCAGAGGAUGGCGGGGAGCGGUGCGUUGGGGAGUUGGAUCUGGAGCGAAGGCAGACCAUGCCCAGCACGGAAGUCUUCAAUGCCAUACAGUUCUCGAGUCCCCUGAGCCGGAAUGUCGGCGGCGGAGGCUUCACCGAUCUCCGGGAACAGGCCAAGGCCAAGGACAAGGACAAACAUGAAGUGUCGCCAGCUGGCAGGGAGGGUGCCGGGGAUGAGGGCUGCUAUGAGGUGCCCAAGGUGCAGGGAAAGCCACCCAGCUACGAUGAGGCACUGAGAGCACGUCCCUCCCCACCUCCCCCACUGGCCAAGAAUCUCGCCCAGGAGCCGCCGACGCCGACGCCGUCGCCAGCUGCCCAGCAGACACAACAGGUUCAGCUGCGGUCGCAGCGUGUCCCGAUCCGCGUGGAUGAUGCCUCAACGUCGGCCGCAUCCCUGCCGAUGCCCGCAUUCCCCCCGCCGCGACUCUCCCAACAGCCGGAGCAGUUCCGGCUGGACGCACUGCAGCCGCCCGUGCGGCAGAAGCGGCGCAAGAACUACGAGCACAUCGAGCUGCGGCGUCCCCCCGUGGACUCCGCCGAGCUGAAGGAACUAAAUCGCGCAGCGGCGGCAGCGGAGCGGGAGGAGUCGCUGCUAAUCUCCGCCAAGAUUGCCGCCGAGGAGGCGCGUGCACCCAAGCCAGAGCGCAGCGAUUCCUGGCAGUUCUACGGCGAGGAUGGUGAGGAGCAGCAGCAGCAGCAACAGCAGCGGCAGCGGCAGGAGGAGGAUGAGGGAGACUCCUCCCCGGAGCCGGUCUAUGCCAAUCAGGAAGCCACCUACGGCAAGCUCUUCGAGAUGGCCACGGCAGGCAGCAGUCGCAGUUGCAGCUUGUUGACGCCCAGCCAGCAGCAGCAGCAGCAGCAGGAGUUGGCCUGCAUCAGCGAGGAUGGGGAGUUGGACAGCAACGAUGGAGCUGUGGGUGGCUGGACGGCGCCCCAGGACCUCAUCGAGGAGUUCGAUCCACUGAUGAGCAGCAAGUGCUCGACGCUGUCGCGCUCCAACAAGAGCAACGAGCUGCUGCUGCUCGAACACCUGCUGGAGGAGGACACCUACGGCACUGUGAAGCGGGAGCGGGAGGGGGAGCAGGACGAUAUCAGCAUGUGCACCUCCGAGGAGGAGCCGCCAAGUGGCUGCGGCACGGCGAGCCGACGCCAGCCACAGAUCGUGCACCAGAAUGCCCAGCUGCUGAGCGACAGCAUGGAGAACAUGCUCGACCGGGAGCAGGAGCAGCUGGAGGCACGGGCCGGGCCCUAUCUAGGCAAGAUAACCGAAAGUAGCGCCAACAGAACGGCGGUGGAUCUGGCCAGCGUCUCAAGGAAUCGCACAAAUUGGUUUGUGCCUGAUGGCACACCCAGCACAGCCGCAGCCACAGCCACACCCGCAGCUUCAGCUACAGGGACAGGCACCUCGAGCAGCAGCAGCGGCAGCAGCACAAAGGCAGCCGUGGCCAUUGAAGGCGACAGCCCACCCACCUACCUGGAGGCCAUUGGAGGAGGUGGCACAGCCACAGGCACACAGAACCCACCAGUCAGCAGCGAGUCACGUUCCACGCUCAGCUCACGCCUGCGUAAGACAAUUACCACAUUCUCGAGCGUGAAGCUGCGCAUGGAUGUGAUGAAGCGACGAUCCAGCUUCAAGCGGCAGUCGGAGGUGAAGGUGGCACUGCAGAUGGUGCCACGGCCCAGCCUGUCGCCGCUGCUGGUGCGCUACGAGGGGCCACUGGUGCGCUUCCCCUCGGGCGUGGUCGAGGAUAUACUCAAGGAGAUGCAGAACCGCAAGGCCAUACUGAGGGAUCGCCAAUUCCAGACGUUUCUCGACCAGGAGAUGAAGACGCCCAGGGAGUCGAUACCCCUGGACACCAUAACCACGCUGCAGUGUGUCAGCAACAGUCGCGUCACGGACACGGCCACACACUUUUACUGCUUCGAGAUCACGACGUCGCAGCCGAAGAACGGAGGCAACGGGAGCGGCAGCGGCAGCGGCAACGGAGCGGGCGACAGCAUGUCCUCGAAUCCCAAUCUCGUGAUGACCAGCAGCUCGUCGGGCAACGUCAAGCAGCAGCGUGUCUCGCACCUCUAUGGCGUGGGCAAGGAGUCCGAGAGGGGUGUCUGGAUGCAGAAAAUCCUCGAGAGCCUCACCAACAGCAUGCCUGUGAAGUACACCUGCCACUACUACCGCGCGGGCUGGUGCUACCUAAAGAACUCCAUCACGUCGGAGUGGAGUGGCACGUGGCUGGUGUUGCGCAAGAGCCAGCGUCGUCUCAUCUUCGUGAGCGAGGCCACGGGGAAUGUGGAGAAGAUGGACUUGCGCAAGGCGCGUUGCAUAGUGCUCAAGGACAGCGACGAGUCGAUUGAUAACCUGCACGUCGGCAGCGGGCCAAUGCUGAUGAUUGACUGUCCACCGUUUGCGGUCUACAUGAUCAUGAGCUCGGCACGCGAGACAAAGAUCUGGCGUCACAUCAUACGGGAGGUGGCCCACAACAAUGGCUUCUCGCUGGGCGAUCAGCAGCUGACUCGCUACGAUGUGCCCGUCAUUGUGGACAAGUGCAUCAACUUUGUGUACAUUCACGGCUCCAUGUCGGAGGGUAUCUACCGCAAGUCCGGCUCGGAGAACUCCAUGCACAAGCUGAUGAGCGCCUUCCGGGCGGAUGCCUUCAACGUGGAGAUCACUCGCAACGAGUACAACGAGCACGAUGUGGCCAAUGUGCUCAAGCGCUUCAUGCGGGACCUGCCCGAGCGACUGCUGGGCAAGCUAACCGACAGCUUCGUGUUCGUCACCGAGCUGGAUGUGGCCGCCGAGAAGAUUCCCAUCUAUCGCGAGCUGCUCGCUCGCCUCUCGCCCAUCGAGCACGAGACACUGCGACGAAUCGUGGGCCAUCUGGUGUUCAUUAGCUCGCAGCAGACCAAGAACAAAAUGAGCGUGCAGAAUCUGACCAUGAUCUGGGGCCCAACGCUGCUGGCCAAGAAGAGCGACGAGCUGAUCUACUCUCAGAAAGAGGCCGAUGUGCUGAGCGAUCUCAUUCUUCUCUACAAGAACCUAUUUCCCGUCAGUGCCGAUGAAAUUAAACGGGAGCAGGCCAUGCUGGCGUGCCUGCAAAAGUAUUACUCCGCCGCCGAGACGCUCAAAGAUGCGGUGAAGCAGUCGGGAGACAUUAAGAUCUGGAUCAGCCUCAAUCCGAAUCCAGACAACACCACAGAGGAAAAGACGCAGGUAAACGCCACAAUAUCGCCCACGAAGACCGCCUACGAGCUGUGUCGUGAGUACGCUGCCAAAAUGCAACUGCCAACCCAUCAGCUGACGCUGUACGAAGUGAUACUGAACGACAGCUUGGAGCGGCCACUGCACCAUGAUACGAAGGUGUUUGACGUGAUCCUGAACUGGUCGUACUGGCCGGAGGAGGAUCGCAAGCACAACUAUCUGAUGGUGCGACCCAUUGAGAUGCUGCGCGAAAUCCAGCGGGCGGUCAAGAAUUUGGCAACGGUGACGCCCGGCAAGGAGCUGCGCUUCGCCGACAAUCGCACCAAGACAUUCAAAUCUCUGCAGUGCGAGCUGCGGGACGGCAAGAUUGUUGUCUCCAAGAAGGACAAGAACGACAAGACGACAAUUAUCAGGGAGAUUUUCCUGCAGAGCUGUACGGCCUAUGUGGGCUGUGAGCGCAAGCGAGACUUUCCCUGGAGCUGGGCCAUCACCUUUGUCGAGCGCACCCAGGCGCAGAUAAUGAGAUCACGAGAUGCUCCCUAUAUUGGCCAUGUGCUGGCAGGCAGCGAGUGGGUAGAUCGUACCAUUUGGUAUUCGAGUAUCUGGUAUUGCCUCUACGGUGACAAUAUUCUCCCACCCCCAGAGAUCAUUCUCAAGUAGAGAUCUCAAGUCAACAGAUGUCUUGCGUGUCUGCCUGUCUGCCUGUCGGUUGCAUUUCUUUAGUUGUUAUGUAUAAAUGUAGGUAGAUAAUAUGAAUUUAAUAUCAAAUACGAUUGAUUUACGAACCUUCACUUGUCCUGCUUUAACUUCCCAUUACCUCUGUACAUAAUCAUAAUCAUAUUCACUCAGAAUCCAAAUUGUACAUUACCAUAACUGAACAUUGAUCACUUUUACGCGUACAUACUCGUUUGUGUGUGUACCAUAUUGUAAUU